GAACACAAAACUUCAGGUGACCGAAGCGAGAGGUUCGGAAACAUCUUUUUGUGGGUAUUACCUUUUGAGAGCAACAAUUUCAGAGAGAGAAAUUUAGAUUUUAGAGGAACAAAGAAAGUAGUGAGAACGUUCAACAAUGGUGAUUUAGAAAUUCAAUCUUAGCAAAAAUAUUUAAUACAAAAUUCAAUAAAAUAAAUAGAAAAUUAGGGGGGAAAUUUUUUUUUUAAAAUAAUAAAAUCACCAUCAUCUCCUUUUUCUCUCUUAUAUCUUCUCCUCUUUCUCAACUUGGUAUUUCCUCUGUCUCUCUCAUUGAAUGGUACAGAGAAAACAAAAAAAAUAAAAUUCUAAUUUCUCAAUAAAAUCUAUUAAAAGGGUAUUCUUUAUUUUCUCAAGAAUUCAUCUGGGUUUGUCUUAAAUUUUGAAAUGAUCAUCAAAAUUCAGAAUUCUACUCAAAUUCUUGGAUUCUAAAAAUUGCAAAUUUUUUUUUUUUAAAUUCUCAACGGUCAUUUUUCUCCCCCUGAUGAUUUCAAUGGCGGAAGAAGGAAAUUAUUCAUUUUCUAUGAUUUCUGUGGUUGAAGAUGUUCUUAGACGGCAUGGAACUCGAUUAAGCGACAUGGAUUUCGCAUCCAGAAAAGCAGAGGAAGCUUCAACGAGACGAUACGAAGCAGCUAGGUGGCUGAGGAAGAUAGUAGGUGUUGUAUGUUCUAAAGAUUUGCCUGCUGAGCCCUCUGAAGAAGAUUUUAGACUUGGGUUGAGAAGUGGUAUAGUCCUUUGUAAUGCACUCAACAAGGUUCAACCUGGUGCUGUUCCAAAGGUGAUAGAAGCUCCAAAUGAUACUGUAAUAAUCCCUGAUGGCGCGGCUCUAAUGGCCUACCAAUACUUUGAAAAUGUGAGGAACUUCCUAAAUGCUGUGGAAGAAUUAGGACUUCCUACUUUUGAGGCAUCUGAUUUAGAACAGGGUGGUAAAACUGGUAGGAUUGUGAACUGUGUUCAUGCGCUAAGGUCUUUCAGCGAUUGGAAGGUGGCAGGAAGGAGCGGAACUUGGAAAUAUACUGGAACUUCCAAAGCACCUAGCUCCAGUGGGAAGAGUUUAGUUAGGAAGAAUUCAGAACCCUUUAUGAAUUCAAUUUCUAGAACUUCAUCUGCAAGUGAGAAGUCUUUAGACAAUGAACAGUGCAGCGAUCUUGGUCUAGAUAUGAGUGAUAUGAGCAACAAUCGUUCCUUAAACAUGAUGAUUCGCGCUCUUCUUAUGGAUAAGAAGCAAGAAGAAAUUCCAAUUAUUGUUGAAGCUAUGCUCAGUAAAGUCACAGAGGAGUUUGAACGCCGCUUAGCAAAUCAACCUGAAUCUUUGAAGACUGCUCCAGAAACCAUGUCAGGCUCUGGCCUAAAUUCGUCUCCUGCUGAGUCUCCCAGGACAGAAACACAGGAUGAUUAUGACAAUCUAAUAGACAACAAUAGUGAGCCUGAGCAUGUUGAUGAAGAAGAGGAAACUCAGCAUUACAUCCCAUGUGAAGCACCAGAAAGUCCCCUCAGCAAGUGCAGUGAGCUGUUUGAAAAGCAGAAGAAUAACAUCCAUGAAUUGAAACAAACGGUCCACACUACAAAAGAGAGCAUGAAUUUACUCCAAAUGAAGUAUCAUGAGGAGUUCAGCAUACUAGGUGAGCAUCUACAAAGUCUUGCUCACGCUGCCUCAGGAUAUCAGAAAGUUCUUCAAGAAAACCGCAAGCUGUACAACAUAGUGCAAGACCUGAAAGGGAACAUUAGGGUAUAUUGUCGAGUGCGUCCAUUCCUACCUGGACAAGCUAACGGUUUUAGCACUGUGGACCACAUUGAAGAUGGAAACAUCACACUUAUGAACCCAGCAAAACAUAAUAAAGAAGGGAAGAAAUCCUUCACUUUCAACAAGGUGUUUGGACCUGUUGCAUCACAAGCUGAGGUGUAUGCGGACAUGCAGCCUCUUGUUCGGUCUUGUCUUGAUGGCUAUAAUGUUUGUAUCUUCGCGUAUGGGCAAACAGGGUCAGGAAAAACUUUCACCAUGACUGGACCAAACAAUCUGACAGAAGAAACUUAUGGUGUGAACUACCGAGCAUUGAAUGAUUUAUUCUGUCUGACAGAAGAGAGAAAAGCCACUUUUAGUUAUGAGGUUUCAGUUCAGAUGAUGGAGAUCUAUAAUGAGCAAGUCAGAGAUCUCCUAGCAACUGAUGGAUCAAACAAGAGAUUAGAAAUUCGCAACAGUUCUCAGAGUGGGAUAAAUGUACCAGAUGCAACUCUGAUGGCAGUCUCAACAACAGCUGAUGUAAUCAGUUUGAUGAAUCUCGGUCAUAAAAAUCGUGCAGUGAGUUCUACUGCCAUGAAUGACCGUAGUAGCCGUUCCCACAGUUGUAUGACGGUUCAUGUCCAAGGAAAAGACCUAACAUCAGGAGCAGCUCUAAGGGGUUCUAUGCAUCUGGUUGACCUUGCUGGUAGUGAAAGGGUUGACAAAUCCGAGGUGACAGGGGAUAGAUUGAAGGAAGCACAACAUAUCAACAAGUCUCUUGCUGCACUAGGGGAUGUAAUUGCUUCUCUUGCUACAAAGAAUGCUCAUGUUCCCUACAGAAAUAGUAAACUCACACAAUUGCUCCAAGAUUCCCUAGGAGGACAAGCCAAGACGCUGAUGUUCGUGCACAUAAGCCCUGAGGCAGACGCCAUUUCAGAGACAAUCAGUACACUCAAAUUUGCUGAGCGUGUAUCCACUGUGGAGCUUGGUGCUGCUCGAGCAAACAAAGAAACUUCAGAUGUAAAGGAGUUGAAAGAUCAGGUUUCUAGUCUAAAGGCAGCUUUAGCCAGGAAGGAAGAAGAAAUGGAGCAGCUCUCUCGUUCAGUAACUAGCACUCCAGAAACAGUGAGUGUCAGGUCUACUGCAUCUUCACCUGUACAUCCAUCCCAUCGUGCAACAAGAGAUGGUUCAGGUGGUCGGAAGAGUCCAGUGAAGGAUGUUAGUAACGCUAAGGUGAAAAACAAUUCAUCAAAGCCACGAAGGCGAAGCUUGGAUCCAAGUGAUCUCUUGUCAAAUACAGCUCAUUGGCCACCCCUUACUGCCAUCAAAGCAGAGCAGAAGAAUCUGACUGCAGGUGAUUGGAUGGAGAAGGUCAUGAUGAAGCAAAAGAAAGUAAAUAGAAGUAGGUCAGUUGAAAAUUUUGGUGAAGAAAACAGAAAGUCCACUGAGAACUGCCAUCCAGAGUAUCAUCAGCCUGAUGAGAACAGUUUGAAGCAGCCUUUCGAUUGCUUGGAGGUCGAUAAAAAGGAUUGCCAAGAUAAUGAUUCACAGUUAAGUAUGUUCGACCUGAUCACUCCUGAUAGUAUCGAUGAGCUCGAGAUAGCAACCAGUGAUUCAUCUGAGCAAGAGUUUCAACUUCAUCUUCCAAGAGUUGCAAGCUUGCCUAAUGGUAUAGGAUCAAAGAUCAAGAGACCUACCCAAUUAAAAACAUCUAAAAGCCCUGAAAAGAGGAGCUUGAUCCCUAUGCCACCAAUGCGAAGAUUAUCGAAUGGGGCUAGUGCACCUGUGAUCAAGAAUGGAAGACAAGCUGUCUACAUGAAGCGAAAACCAGGAAGUGCAAAGUGAGGUCUGCAAAUUAUGUUUUGCAUAUAUCCUGUGAUGAUAGGCUUGUCAAUGUCAUCCUCCAUAUUUAAAAGUUUUGCUUUUUGGUAGUUAGAAGAGGGAGGGUGAAAGAAGUUUUUGAAAUGCAAAUGGCAACUAUCUUAGUUACCUGAUGCAUCAUUUUUGGUGGUGAUGUUACAAGUAUAUGCACUAUGCAGACUGCAGUCCCACCAAAAUUGAUUGCCUUGUGUUGUUUAUAUGGGGUGUUUGAUUCAGUUUUCUUUUCCCUAUUUGUGGGUUUAAGGUUUGGUUUUACUUAGAUCUACCUUUUCUAUCAAAGAAAAUUGAGUAAGGUAUAUAGUAUAUAGUAUAUAGUACACAUUUGUCCAUUUUGUAUCCUCUGAUGAGGAAAAGUAUAUCAAAAUUAUGAUGAAAAGAAAGCAGAUGAAAUUGUUGUACAUUUAUUUUACUUGU